AAGGGAAUUUUUUUAAUUUUUGUCCAAGCAAGUUUUUUGAUAAUAAAUUGUCAUGGAAAUUAUACAAGGCCAAAUGCUAGUAUUGCAGAACCAUAUUCAACAAUUUUUGAAGAAACGUAUCCAGGAAUUAAUAAAUUGGAUUUCUUAGCAUUUGGUGAUUGGGGAUAUCAAGGAAGCGACACUAGACAAUCAGUUGUUGCGUCAGCAAUGAAAAUUUGGGCAGAUAACAAUAAUACUACGUUUAUUCUUUCUCUUGGUGAUAAUUUUUAUACAAGUAAUGCAUCAGAUCACGAAGGAGUUAAUUCAAUUUAUGAUCCUAAAUGGAAGUCUAGUUGGCUUGAUGUUUAUGGUGGUAAAUUAAAAGAACUUGUUUGGUAUACCGUUGCAGGAAAUCAUGAUUGGUAUACAAACGUAACAGCGGAAGUUGACUACUUUUGGGAAAUAGAUCAACGAUUCUUCUUUCCAUCACUUUAUUACGUACGUACCGUAACAUUUGGAUCUAAAAAAAUUAAAGUAUCGUUUAUUCAUAUCGACACAGAUCCCUUCUAUUACCCUUAUGAUAAUCUAACAGAUACUGAUAACUUAAAAGGGACCUUAUUAGCAUUAGGUUUAUAUACAUCUGAUGCAAUUGAAACAAAGAUAAAAUGGAUAGAACAACAACUUAUAAAUGUUCAAGAUUCUAAAUGGAUUUUUGUUGUUGGACAUCAUCCCUUAAUAGCUGGUAAUUGUUCUUCUAUUUAUUAUAUGUCUAGAUUACCACCCCUUUUUGAAAAAUAUAAUGUGUCAGCUUAUCUUGCCGGUCACGUUCACAAACUUGAAUAUCAAGACGUUAAUUCAACAUCUCAUGUUGCCUAUUUUACUACCGGAGCCGGUAGUAAAACCCAAUUUGAGGGUUGUGAUGGUGCUAGUUGGUUCAUGCCUGGUGGCGGUGCUGAGGGAACCAGGGGGUUUUUACAUAUUUGGAUUCAAGAAGACGGUGAAAAGUUAUGGUUUGAAUUUAUUAAUUCUACUACUGCUGAUAAACAGCCAGUUUCUGUUUAUCAAGGUUCUCUUAAACCUCGUGUUUUAUCUCAAAAU